GACACCAAUGGAAGACUUGCCGGGGAGGUGGGGUCACCAACACAGGAAGGAGGGGCAAUGCACAAACAUCCCCCUCCCCUGGGACCCGGGCUGCCAAUCUCCCGUUCCCCGUCACCGACGGCAUACCAGGAAUGGCAACACGGGCUGGAUAAAUGCAGCCCUUCCCAUGUAGCCGCUUGAACUACUUUAUGGGUCUCUAACCCUGUCGCUCCUAGUUCUCCUGGGAACAAGAGAAAGAGCCGCAAGAUUCAACUACCAACAACUUCGAAAUCAUGAGCUCGCCACAGUGGAGAAUUGUCGUUGGCUGCGAUGACGCUGGAGUCGGGUACAAGGACAAGAUCAAGGCAGACUUUGCGGCAGACCUUCGCGUCGUUUCCGUGGUCGAUGUCGGCGCCGACGAUAAGACGGCAUACCCUCACAUUGCAGCGGCGGCCGCGAAGCUUGUCGCCUCGGGAGAAUGCGACCGGGCGCUGUUGAUUUGCGGAACCGGCCUCGGGGUGGCCAUCUCGGCCAACAAAAUCAAGGGGAUCCGGGCGGUGACGGCGCAUGACAGCUUCUCGGUCGAGAGAGCUAUCCUGAGUAACAAUGCGCAGGUGCUCUGCAUGGGAGAGCGAGUUAUUGGGAUAGAAUUGGCUCGCCGGCUGGCCAAGGAGUGGCUGGGCUACGUCUUUGACGAGACAAGCCCCAGCGCUGCAAAGGUGGCAGCCAUCCACGAGUACGAAGAAGGAGAGGGUGGGCUUUCGGGGCCUCCGGAGGAGGUGAGAAGCUGCUAGGGGGCUGGCAUUUGGAUACGUUUGCAAUUUAGUGGAGAUGUCGCCAUACUUUUUGGGUGUUAGCCUGGGCCUAUACGGAACCUCCGCUCAAUUAAAUCUCAAAGCACAUCAAGUACAUGUACAUCUCAUGGAGAAUAGACUUGGGCAUAGAAAACGGGGGGAUCAAAGGGUUACUUGCGAUUUACAUUUUACGAUUUAGGUGAAUAAAAUGGCUCAGGGCCAAGGCACAUUCCCAAGGUACAGAGGGUACGGAGGACCUGUAGGAUUCAGAUCUCACUGGUCCCUAAAGGGUCAUCCGAGGUGCCGAGCGCCAAUUCCCCGGUCUCGGUACCUCAUUAUUAUGGCGCAAUAAUUAGUAGAGCAGACUGAGGACAGCGUUGGGCCUAAUGUUCGUUC